CACUUUCAGUUUAAGCAACACUGCUGCGCUCAGACUGCUGCAAAGAUGGAGUUUGCCUGCAGUCACGUUGUUUGUAACUGGAGUCCAGAUGGAUCAGGCGUUCUUCCGAUGGGCCCCGAGUAUGACAACAUAGUGCCGGGAAAGCAGCAAGCAGAUGCGGCUCCUCCACCGCUGCCCCCUCGUCGUCUGAGGAAACCUCGGCCUACCUCCCUUCCUCUUUACAAUAGUCCCUCCUUUCAGCCUCCACCUGCUCCUCUAUCCCUCCCUCCUCCUGUCCCUCCCAGGCUUGACAAGCUAGAAGGUGUAACAAGGUUGAAGGCCAACGUCAAUGUCGUCUCACUCGGUGUUGGAAAACUGGUUGAUAUCAGUCAAGACUCGGGCAUGGAGACUUUCCAAAAGCCAGUGAUUUGUGGGAAAUGUAGUUCUGCUUUGUCAUGUUUGAGUUCCUUACAGAAGAACGUGUGGCAGUGUGAGUUCUGUGGAGGUGAAAACAGCGUAGAUGAGAGUUUGGCUACACUGUGUAUUGGCCAGCGAGCAGGUGUGCGCAGUGACGACCUUUACCUGCCCAGACAGAGCGAAGAUGACUACCAGAACUUGGAGGACACGCUAGUCAUUUUCUGUGUGGACAUUUCUGGCAGUAUGAGCGUCACAACAGAGGUUCCAUCAAGCAAUGGCUCUCUAUCAUACAAAUCCAGGCUAGAGGGUAUGCAGGACGCUCUCUACAGGGCGCUAUCAUCCAUAAAGCAACAGUCCCCUCAUAGGAGGGUGGCACUGGUGACAUUCAAUGAUGAGGUUGUAAUAUAUGGUGAUGGUACUAGUACUCCUCUCACUCUCAGGGACUGGGCACUGGUUGACUAUGACCACAUUUGGCAAAAAGGUGUGAAUUACCACAUUCCACACUGUAUUGCUGAGACCUAUCAUCAUCUAAUACAAAGGGUCAAAGAACUCAGGGAACAUGGAGCUACCUGUCUUGGUCCUGCAGCGUUAGCCUCGGUUGCUAUGGCUUCAAGGUACCCCGGGUCAAAGGUCAUUUUAUGUACUGAUGGCAAGGCCAACAUUGGACUCGGUGAGAUGGAGCAAGCUCCCUCUCUGACCCCUUCUUCCUUUACUCCAUAUUUCUAUACACAACUGGCUAUAGAGGCAGUGGAGAAGGGAGUCAUAAUAUCAGUAAUGAGUUUUGAAGGGACAGACUGUCGCUUGGCUGAUAUUGGUAAACUGGCUGACGCUACCGGAGGAAGGGUAAAUAUUGUCAGCAUUGGCACAGUGGCAAGAGAGAUCCAAUCAGUGUCAGAAGACAAUGUCCUAGCUACAGGCGUCAAAGCAACCCUGCUUGCUUCUGAUGGAGUAUAUUUUCCAUAUGAGGAUGAAAACAAUCACAAACUGGUGAAAGAGAUUGGAAAUGUCACCAAAGGGUUGGAGAUCACCUUCCAGUUUGCUGUCAAACCUGAUUUUAUGGAAACUUUUCUCCAGAAAGGCAUGCUUCCAUUCCAGUUGCAGCUUAGUUUCAAGACCAGAGACCAACACAGAAUCACCCGCAUCAUCACUGAACAGCGACCAGUAACUACCUGCAGUCGGAUUUCUGCCAGUAGACUCAAUAUGGCAGUACUUGGCGUUCACUGUGCUCAGCUCUGUGCCAGUUUAACCAUGGAGGGCCAAGUGCAGGAGGCACAGAGGCAGCUGAAAGCACAGCAAGACUUGCUCCAACAAGUCAGUAAGUGGAGGCCAAUCCAGAAGGAGGAGAGUAUCUAUGGUAACUGGAUGGAAACCAUGACAACAAUCUGUGAGGACAUUACCACAGAAUCCCAGCAGGCUCUCUCAGAUGAAGCAGCUAAGGUGGUGUACCAGAUGAAGAGAGCCAGCAGUGUCAGAAACAACAAUAACAGCUGCAGCACAGUUGAGAUCCAAAAGAAGAUCACAAAGAAAAAAAAGGCUGCCAUGGAAGCAGUGUAAAAAAAAAAAAAAAAGGUCAAUAUUAAAAUUUGGAUCAGAGAAAGAAUAAGUUUCUUUUUAUUUAAGAAGCCCAGAGUAUAGAGGACAAGUGUGAACAUCAUUCAAAUUAACCCUAUAAUAGGCCAAAUGAAAGCGAGCCAAACUUGAAGCCUGACUGUAACAAACAACUUCAUUACUUUUGUUUAAUUUAUCUUAAACCACAUAGGUUUUCAGCAGUCAAUUUAUCCUCAGGACUGAAAUGGGAUCAGAAACUUUGGUCCCGAAUGGGGAAGACUGACAACCUGACAACCAGUAUCCUGACUGUCCUAAACUGAUCAGUCAUAGUAGAGAAAUGUAGCCAAACAAAUGUGUUUUUAUUUGAUUUCUG